UUAGGUCAUCUGAGUAUUUCCUGCACACUUCUUCAUUUGUCACGCAGUUUGUGUCCAGCUCUCUUUCAGCACAGUCAAAAUGUUUGUCUUCACAAUGUUUUCAGCAACCACCUGGACUUUACUUGCUCUCGUUUUCACCCUGUUAUUACUGUACAGCAUUUGGCCUUAUAGGUUUUUCAAAAAGCUGGGAAUACCCGGACCAAGGCCUUUGCCUUUUAUCGGAACAUUGCAUCACCUCAGAAAGGGAAUUGUUACCUUUGAAUGUGAGUGCCAAGCCAAGUAUGGAGAUGUGUGGGGGUUGUAUGAUGGACGAUCACCAGUUUUAAUGGUGGCAGACCCUGAGAUUAUUAAAACUGUGAUGGUGAAGGAGUGCUACUCUGUGUUUACCAACCGCAGGGAUAAUGUUGCAGUGACAGGACCUCUUGUCGACGCAAUUACAUCAGUUAAAGAUGAAAAGUGGAAAAGGAUUCGGUGCACUUUAUCUCCAUGUUUCACCAGUGAAAGACUGAAAGAGGUUUUUCCCAUUGUUGCUUCCUACGCAGACCGACUCAUUGAGAAACUUGGACAGAAAAAUUUGAAUGAACCUGUCUAUGUCAAACAAUUUGUGGCACCUUACAGUUUAGACGUUGUGACCAGUGCAUCUUUCGGUGUUGAGGCAGACUCCAUAAACAAUCCAGAUGACCCCCUUAGCAUUCAUUUCAAGAACAUUCUUAACUUCAGAGUUUGGCUGUUUAUUUUACUGAAGAUAUUUCCCUUUGGUGCCCAUCUGGUAAAACUCCUGAAUAUUGACAUGAUGCCCAGACUCAGUGUGGAUUAUUUCUACAACAUCAUCAAGAGAUUUAAAGACCAGCAUUGUGCAGGAGAAUCUAGUCAAACAAAUUUCCUGCAAGUGAUGUUUCAGAGUGAGAUACCAGAAACAGAGAUAAAGAGUGAACAAGAGCAGCCAAGUAAAGGUUUGACUGAACAUGAGAUCCUCUCCCAGGCCUUUAUAUUCAUCUUUGGCGGCUAUGAGACCACCAGUGUCACUCUCACCUACAUCCUUUACAAUCUGGCCACAAACCCUGGUGCCAUACAGACCUUGCAGGAGGAAAUCGAUGCCAGCCUAGCAAAAGAUGCUAGCGUUUCAUACGAGGACCUGCUUGGUCUGCAGUACCUGGACCAGGUUAUCUGUGAGUCACUGCGUUUGAUUCCAUCUUUACCUCGGCUUGAGAGAAUGUGUAAAAAAACUGUCCAGAUCAACGGCAUCACCAUCCCUGAAGGAACCCUGGUUGGGAUUCCUGUGUACAUGUUACACAGGGACCCACGCUUUUGGAGUUCACCUGAGCUUUUCAGACCAGAGAGGUUCAGUAAAGACAGCGGGGAGGAGGUGAACCCGUACGUGUACAUGCCAUUUGGGCUUGGUCCUCGUAAGUGCAUUGGGAUAUGCUAUGCCCUCCUCGUCAUGAAAAUGGUUCUUGUCCGUCUCCUGCAGAGUUACACUGUGGAAACAUGCAAAAACACCGUGAUUCCUUUGGAGUUUGACUGGAAGUUCCAGCCACUUCAGCCAGUGAAACUCAAGUUUGUUCCCAGACACUAGCCCAAGUCCUGCAGGACUCCUUCACAACUGAAACAAAAUUCCAAGGAACCUUUUCCAUAAAGUGCAUAUUAGAUGUAAAAUAAAUAUAAUAAAUUGAUCCAAACACCUUUAUUGUUUUUUCUAAUGUUGCAUUAGGUUUGCCUUCUUCCUGGUUUGAGGUUCUGGCAUCAUGGCAGACGUGUCAACGCAGAGACAAUACUCACUUUCAGAAAGAUCAUAGCUUACAAAACUUUGUCAAAAUCUCCCUGUGGGUCCAUUUAAGAAGUUGUCAGGUUUGUAUUACUGACAUCUGCGGCUGUAUCAUUGAUGGUAUUUGUCUCCACCCAGUGGCUAAGCUGGAUUCACCAGAGGAAGAUGUCACAUGAUGAAGUGUUUACUGGUUUGAUUAAAAUGUAAUUAAUGUUCACUGGUUUUGGUUCAGCUUCAACACCUGCCAGCCUCUGAUUAUAUCAAGAGAAAUAUCAAAAUUGGAUGAGCACCGUGAUUGAAUGACUUACUUAUUCAUACUCAGAUUUUGAAUUUAUGGGCAAUUUACAGGCUUAGAUCUAGUUGAUUGGUAUUGUAAUGUGGGCAGAAAUCAGAGUACCUGCAGAAGAAGAUCUAAAAUGCCUGAAUAGAAUAAAGUGAAAUACAUUAUGUAGAAAAGCGGAAUAUUGCAACCAAGUCAAAACCAUGUUUUAUUAUGUUUAUUUUAAAAAACGGGAAUGAAUGUAGCUACAUGCAACAUUUCUAUUUUUCACUGAAAUAAACAGUUUUUCCCCCAAA